AUGUCCUUCACUGUUUGUGAGAAUUCAUGUCAGUUGAAUGCUGGAAGUCGUAAGUUGGUGAAAAAAUCACUGCGACAUAAGCAUGGGUGUCGUUACUAUGAUCUUCCACCGUUUAAGGUAAGUCCAUCAUCGUAUCAAGAAAAUUUUGGCACAGGCGUUUUAUUAUAUAAGCAUUUCCAAACGCAUCUCUUCUUUUCAAUAUUUUACGCGAAUAUGCAUGCAGAUGUGAGAGAAUAGUCGAGCACGCGAACAGUGCUCGGCAAGAAUGUUUAAAAUUAAGGCACAGGAAUUUUUUCGACAGAAGAUUUGUUACUUGAAAAUUUGAAGAAACACCUAUACAGUAACACAUUUGUCUCACCACAACAAUUAGUAUUCGAGAGGCAUUUUUAUUCCUUAAGGUCAAAGCCAUGCUCAGUAUAUAAUAUUUAUGCAGACAAUGGCUGGGGUUUUCACAAUACUCUGCUCGUUUGCAGAAAAUUGCUACCGUCAGGUUGUUCGUCGUCUGUAUUAGCCCUCCUUGAAAUGCUACACACAUGGUUUGUCGCCUUGGAGAAACCCAAAUCGGUAAUUAGAAUCGUUUUCUUGGAUUUUUCCAAGGCAUUUGACCUUAUAGAUCAUAACAUCUUGCUGAAUGACUUUAAAUCUGUUGGAGUUCGUCCCGCUUUACUACCAUGGUUAGCCUCGUACCGGUUACAGAGGGUAAACAUAGAUGGAUCGACAUCGUGUUUUAAAAAGAUCAACGCAGGGGUACCUCAAGGAAGUAAAAUCGGCCCGAUAGCAUUUAUUACCAAAAUUAAUAAACUACAAGAUUUGGCACUCACUGACAAAAAUUCAGGAAAAGAACAUGUUUCAAUUUUUAUGGACGAUACUGCCUAUCAGAUAUUCUCAAUAUAAAUAACCCUGAAACCCACCCAGUGAGCAACAUCCAAGCAAAUGUUGAAAGAAUUUCAAAAUUUUCAAGAGAGGAAAACAUGAGGUUGAACUUGUAAUCGACCUUCGAAUUAUGAAAUCUGAAAUACCAGUGAUUACGAUAGACAACAUUCCUAUUGAAAGAGUGCAAUCCCACAAGCUAUUAGGCAUUUGGCUUCAAUCAGAUCUCAAAUGGCAUACUAAUACAUUUUUUAUUAUUAAAAAGGCCAGGAAACGCCUAUAUUUUUUAAAGGUGUUAAAGAAAUAUGGCGCACCAGUAAAAGAUUUAUUAAAGUUUUAUUGUUCAGUGAUUCGAUCGGUUUUGGAAUACGGUGACAUAUUAUGGCAUGGAGGCCUAUAAUAUUAUCACAAAGUCAAGAUAUUGAAAGAAUCCAAAAACGUGCUCUAAGAAUUAUCACUCCUGACCUAAGUUAUGAAGAUGCUCUUGCUUCGUCUAAACUACUUCCACUUAAUCAGAGACGGGACAUACAUUGCAUUGACUUAAUUAAAAACAUGUCCUCUCCGUUACAUAAAUUACACUACUUAUUACCUGUGAAAGUGGAAAACAUUAGAAAUAGGGAAACUAGAUCCAAUAGAAACAAAUUUUAUACUGUAACUUUAAAAGUAGAACUGAUCGUUUUAAGAACAGUCCACUAGUCUAUGCUAUUGAUAAAUACAAUAAUAAUAUAUAAUGUUCUUACUAUAGAUGUAAAUAGAUAUAGUUUUAAUAACAUUUUAAUAGAUUAGUAGUAGUACCUAUGUAAAUACAUGACAAUUAAGUUAUCUUAUUCCAUGUAUACUAUUAAAACCAAGUAUUAUUAUAAGAAAGUUAUUUUUCCACCCUUGAACGCUACUUUCUGACAACAUGGUUCAGUAAAUACUAAUGCAUCUAAUGAUCAUGUACUAUAUAUAUAUUUCAUUUUGACCAUGUAAUUUCUCACUUUUCUAGAGUACAUGUGAUUCCUCAUUCAGCCCACCAAGACUUUGCUGCUUGCCCUCAUCUCCAUUGUGUUAUAACGGGGCUACCUGUGUCGUCAAUGUCAUUGACACGACCAGACGAUUCCAAUGCCAGUGCCCGACUGGCUACUAUGGAAACGAGUGUCAAAUAAAAAACCCGAAAACAUGUUUGGAUUAUUGGACUGACAAAGUCAAACCGAUGUCCGGAAAGUAUACGCUUGUAGACUCGAGCGGAAAAAUGUAUGAAAUCUUUUGUGAUUUCGACUCGGAGGAAGGCAUGGCGUGGACCCUCUUUGAAUCAUUUGAUCUGAAUCAUCACUUUUACCUGCAUGGUGGAAUAUUCGUUUACAGAAGAUUAUCCGAAAAACGAGCAUAG